AUCAAAACAAUCUAUUCAAGUAAUUCAAAGGGAAAAGUGCGGUAGAAAAAUGGCGCCAAGUGCUCCAGAUCUCAACAUUGAGCCCUCCAAGACCACUGUCGAUGUCCGGGUCAUCGACACAACGGUAUGGAUCUCCAACCUCCCUAUCCAGACAUUCAUCGAGCAGCAGGUCAAGGGCUUCGACAAGCUCGACGCCCCCUCCUUCUCCUUCCUGGUCGAGCACCCCUCGGGCCGCAAGCUCCUCUUCGACCUGGGCGUGCGCAAGGACUGGCACAACAUGAGCCCCUACUGGCACAAGCUUUUUGAAGCCGCUGCCGCUAAGAUCGAUAUCAAGCACGGUGUCCGUGAGAUCCUCGAGGAGCAUGGUGUUCCGGGUUCGAGCAUCGAGGCUGUCGUGUGGAGCCACUGGCACAUGGACCACGUCGGAGACCCAUCCACGUUCGACCCACACACGACUCUAAUCGUGGGUCCCGGCUUUAAAGAGGCCAUGCUCCCAGGCUAUCCCGCCAACCCCGAUGCACCCAUCCUCGAGUCCGACUACGAGGGCCGCGAGCUGCGCGAGAUCAAGUUCGACCAGGGCAAGAAGAUCGGCCGCUUCAACGCUUUCGACUACUUUGGCGACGGCUCCUUCUACCUGCUCGACACCCCCGGCCACGCCAUCGGCCACCUCUGCGCCCUCGCCCGCGUCACCACCGGCGCAGACGACGGCAGCAGCAGCUUCAUCUUCAUGGCCGGUGACGCUGCUCACCAUGGCGGCGAGUUCCGCCCGUCCAAGUGGCUGCCGCUGCCAGAGUCCAUCUCGCCUCAUCCGCUGCUGGACCAUCAUCAUCAUAGUAGUAGUAGUAGUAGUAGUAGUCCUGGUGGCGCUGCAACGCCGUGCCCGGGCGAGAUCUUUGAGAAACUGCUCCGGGAUGGAGACCGGACGAAGCCGUUCUUUACGAUCCCGAAGGGGACUGGCACCAAUAACCUGGACCCGGAGGAGACCGAGAGGACGAUUGAGAAGUUGCAGGAGGCGGAUGCGCAUGACAAGGUGUUUGUGGUGACGGCGCACGACAAGGACCUGUUGUCUAUUAUUGACUUCUUCCCAAAGUAUGCCAGUGAUUUUGCGUCCAAGGACUGGGUGCAGAGAGGUCGCUGGGCCUUUUUGAAGGAUUUGAAAGGUGCUGUGGAGUGAGCAUUAUGCAAACUAUGGUAGGAACCUCGUACCUUGGGUUUCUGUACGUGAAACUUGAUGGAUAGUAUGUAUAAAAACCCUACUUUAUUAUU